CAUCCCAAGAAACAAAAACGAUUUGUAAUACUGCAAAACCAAUGUCUGCACCACAGGAAUACAUAAACGAAGAAGAGCCUGAAGAAGAGUUUCUUCGUGCCGAAGAAGUGGGCGAAGAGGUGCCUGAUGACACCAACCUUCCACCACCAGAUGAUGAAGAUGACGAAGAUAUCGAUAUGGAGCAGGACAUUACGAUAGACUUAUCCAACAACUCCUGGACGUAUUUCGACCAGCACAAAGACUCGAUUUUCACAAUAUUCCGUCACCCAACGUUACCCAUGGUGGUGACCGGUGGGGGUGACAACACAGCAUAUUUGUGGACGACCCAUACACAACCUCCCAGAUUUGUAGGAGAAUUGAGUGGUCAUAAAGAGUCUGUGGUUGCAGGAGGUUUCACCAGCGACGGGAAGUACGUGGUGACGGCUGACAUGAAUGGGUUCAUCCAGGUGCACAAGAGCAGUAAAGGGGGCCAAAGAUGGAUCAAAUUUGGUGAGUUACAAGAAGUCGAAGAAGUAUUAUGGGUCAGGGUUCACCCUAGAUUACCAUAUUUUGCAUUCGGUGCCACUGACGGGUCCGUAUGGGUGUACCAGAUUGAUGGAGGGUUAGUCCAAGUAAUGUCUGGAUUUCUGCAUACGUUGGAGUGUAAUGCUGGAGACUUUAUCGAUAAGGGGACAGAAGAACUUUUUCUUGUAACGGUGUCAGAGGACGGUUCAGUCAUCAGUUGGAACUGUUUUACCGCCCAAGUGGUGUACAAGUUGCUGCCUCAUGAUGAAUUCAAGGGAGUUGAAAGUCCUUGGGUUUCUCUCAGUGUGUUUGAGAACAAGAUGGCCGUGGGAGCUAGAGACGGUAAUUUAGCCAUCAUCAACUAUGAUACGGGUCGACUUGUGCACAGUGUAAAGACUUUGGAGAACAUUGACGAUGUGGCCGAACUUUCUGUUGAGGCGCUAAGCUGGUGCCAGACUCCUUCUAUCAACUUGUUGGCAGUAGGGUUGGUUUCCGGAGACUUGUUACUAUUCGAUACUUUGCAGUGGCGUGUACGGAAUUCAGUCAAGUUGGAGGACACUAUCACCAAGUUGAAAUUCCUCGCCAACACACCGGUGUUGAUUGGCUCGUGUAUGAAUGGCCGUAUAUACAAAUGGGAUGCUCGUACCAUGAAAGAGCUUUUUGUGGGAUAUGGCCAUAACAUGGGAGUGUUAGACUUUGCGGUGUUGGAUGAUGGUAAGGUUGCCACCGCUGGUGAUGAGGGGGUGUCAUUGGUGUUUGCUACCGAGCAGUAGACUUUACAAUUCGUUGCUCAUGAUACUCAGGUGUUGAUAGUUUUUUUUGCAGCUAUUUAGAAAACGCAAACGCGUCGCGAUGCGAAAACAUAAAUACAUUUCAUUCAAUACAUACGUUCUUUA